GACAAUUUGACAAUAAAAAUAAAUAUCAAUAAGUUCCAAUGAUACUUAUUGGAAAAUAAUCACAAAUGUCCGGUUAUAAAAGAGUCAGCUUUUAUGAAUUAUGUAGAUUGUGUGCCUCUAAUAGUCAAAAAGAAAAGACACAUAUCUUCCAAGAAGAAGGGCGAAAAAUACAAUUACAAAAUAAGAUACAAACUUGUUUGGCAUUGACGGUGAACGAAAAUGACUUUCUACCGAAAGUUGUUUGCUCCAAAUGUCUGCGAAAUUUGGAAACCUGUUUUGGUUUUCGACAAGAGUGCGUUAGGUCAGAAUCCAUGCUCUCUACAUAUUUUAAAAAUUUUAGAUAUACGGAAGACUUUAAGAAGUCUGGGAAGGUGUACAUAAAAGACAUAAAACCGCAACCUCCUCCUCCUCCUCCGGUGCAGCAAAAUCCGGAGAUAUCGACAUCAAGUAAUGUCACGUCAAGUAACAUAGCAAAUGCAAAUCUGACUCCAAGCAAUCUAACACCAGUAACUCCAAUUUCUACAUCAAAUCCAAACAUCAUAACUAUAAACAAGAAUCAGGGUCAACCCAUGGAACAAAUUCCUGUCUACACCUUACAACUUCCCACUAUUGUUUCAAAUCCUAACCUAAAUGGCAUUAAAAACCAAAAAACCGACAUUAUAGAAAACAGACUAUCGUCACAGUUGGCACAGAACCAGUUCGCUUACAAUCUAAAUUUAAUGAACACGACUGCCAUUAAAACAAACCUGCCGAAAAACGAGAUGCUGAGCAACGUCGUGGUUAACGCCAACGGUGAAGUUAUUAACAUCGCCCAAAUGGGCGAUUUUGAAACAAUUCUAAAUCAGGGUAACGUAGUGAAGAGUAAGUAUAAAACUUUGAAACGAUCGAAGGAUAGGAUGGAAAAUUGUACGCAGGACGACAAUAUUGUAAAAAUUGAUCUAACCGAUUCGAGUAACGUUUCCCCUGUGUACGAAAUAGAACAAAAUGCAAAGUACGAUAAAUUACCCCAUAUAAAAACUACCCAGAAUCAACCCAACAAAUAUACCUAUUCUUUAAAACUGGACGAGAAAACUCAAAAUCAGAAUCCAACGGUUAUUUUUCCCAUAUCCGAAUACAAUCAAACUUUUAAUAAUUUUACAAACAACAACGCCACACAGUCGAAUAUGAAUAUAGCCACUAGUAGUAACAGUAUUUCUACAAAUUCAAACGUCAUAUGCAACACGGGGACAAACGUCGAGAACUCUGCCAUAAACAUAAACCUCUUAAGCCAAAGCAUGCAGGAAAUGACACAGGUCGGAUUCACAAACGUCAUUUCCAAUACAAAUGCUAACGUCUUGAGCAGCCCCAACGAAAGUGAUAAUAAAAUUAACGUACAAGUAAACACCGUAACGGACAAUAACAAUACGACUAACACCAGUGCAAAUACGACACCCGUGAAGGUGCACGUGUGCGAAAUAUGCCAAAGGGGUUUCAAGAGACGGGAACACCUCUACCAGCACGUUAAGCUGCACACGGGGUUCCGACCUUACAUCUGCGAGAGCUGCAGUAAGGCGUUUAUGAGGAAAGAGCACCUGCUCAGGCACAGCACCUUGCAUUCGGGCCAGAAGAAUUUCACUUGUAACAUAUGCGACAAGAGCUUCUCGAGAAACGACAAUCUCCUGAAACACAAGAAGACCCACGAGAAGCAGUCGAGUUACGUGUGCGAGAUAUGCCAGAAGCACUUCGUUAUGAAGCAUUAUUACAACGCCCACAAGUUGACGCAUGGUGACAAGUGCUACGUUACUUCCGUUUGGGGUAUGCUGAAGACAUAAUGUCGUUUCUUAUCGUUUUGUAUAAUAAAGUGCGGGUUUCUUGCUUUUUUGUACAGUUUUUUAAUAAUAUUGGGGGUAAGAAGUAAGAACAAAUCUAGUCAAGAAUACUUUAACUAUUGUCAAAAUAAAAUAGUAUAUUUUCAUGUUUGGGAAUAGAAUAUUGAAAGUUUUUCGCAAAGAUAAUCAAUCUUAUUUGUUUUUUUAGUGAAAAUUUGUUUUAAUAAUUUUAUUUAAAUUUUAGAAUUUUAAUUGUUUAAAAAAAGCAAGGAACUGAUUGGAAAACUGGAAUAUCCUAUGUAACUGAGAAUUAUUUUCUACUACAAAACGCCUUAGCAGGGCUCGGUAUUAAAUUUUGUAUUGAGAGGACCAAAAUAAAAACUAGCGAUUUUUAUUAAAAAUUUAUAAACGCAAAAUUUAAAUGUUUGUACAACCAAGCCAGAAAUCGACAAUAGAUCUUUACUUGUAGAAUUGUUUGUUUUCUGUGAUUUAAUUUUUUUAUCAUUAUAAUGGGAUUUUUCAGUUUUACGAGAAAAUUUAUAUUGUACAUAUACAUUUUAUUAUUUUCAAAGUGGUUUUUUAUAGUGAUCUACCAAAUAGAAAUCUCCUUAAUAAUAUUCACUAUCAAUUAUAUGUAUAUUAUCAUGGAGUGACUAUUUGGUGCCAGUUAGCUUAUUUUUAUUAUUUAUUUAUUGAAAAAGUACAAAGUUUAUUUAUUCUAGAUUACUUGUAGUAGCUUAGCAGCUAGUAUUAUACUUUUUAUCUUUUAGUGGCCAUAUUUUUAUUUUAUAUAAUUUAUUUAUUUUAAAUUAUUUUAAUAGCAGCAUAACUAAAUUUCAGCAGUUUUAAAAACUGAAAGUCUACAAAACUGAGAUUACAUAAUCUAGUCAAU